GCGGCGAUCAAAACCACCUUCGACGACUACGCCGAAACCCUAGCCUCUAUCUCAUUCCACUCCGACAUUCACGUGCAGCUGUCGGGAGCAGGCAAUGGCGCCGGAUCUAAGCGAACUCGCCGCCGCCGCUCCAGCCCGUGGCGCCUACCUCGCCGGCGUCGGUGUCGCGGUCCUCCUCGCUGCCUCCUUCCUCCCAGUAGCCGAGUCGUCCUGCGUGCGAGAUAACUCAUUGGUGAGAGACAUAAGCCAAAUGCCGCAAAGCAGCUAUGGGAUUGAAGGAUUGUCACAUAUAACAGUUGCUGGUGCGCUCAAUCAUGGGAUGAAGGAGGUGGAAGUGUGGCUUCAGACAAUAAGUCCAGGUCAAAGGACGCCAAUCCACAGGCAUUCCUGUGAAGAAGUUUUCACUGUCCUCAAAGGGAAGGGUACGCUCUUGAUGGGAUCAAGCUCACUAAAGUACCCAGGGCAGCCACAGGAAAUUCCUUUCUUUCAGAAUACCACAUUUUCAAUCCCUGUAAAUGAUCCACACCAGGUUUGGAAUUCUGACGAGCACGAAGAUUUGCAAGUUCUUGUGAUCAUAUCGAGACCGCCUGCUAAGAUAUUUUUAUAUGAUGAUUGGAGCAUGCCUCAUACAGCCGCGGUACUGAAAUUCCCCUUCGUCUGGGAUGAGGACUGCUUCGAAGCAGCAAAAGACGAACUCUAGGUCACAAGUGUUUCCUGCAAUUUAUCUGCUUCAUCCAUGAUCCUGCUGGUGCUGGACUACUACAAUUCUCAGCACUAGUUGUAAUAAAGCCAGUGCGCUUUUCAUGUAUAAUUCUGUAUUGUGGCUCGCGAAAAUAAAAUUUGGCAACGGUUUAUG